AUCAUUCAUCCUUCACAUAGCAAGAGCACAACAACAAAGCCAAUCAAGCAGUAGCCAACACAAAUCCACCAUGAAGACCUUCCUCGUCGUUGCCCUCCUUGUCGCUGUGGCGACCAUUGAACCCGCCACCUCCGAUAUUCUACGUAGUGAUCAGUCACAACAAUCAUUUCCGCAGCAACCACAAAAACAAACCAUUCAGUCCUUUUUUGAACAACAAUUGAUAUCAUGCAGGGAUGUCAUGUUGUUGCAGUGCAACAUACUGGUACCGUCCUUCAAGUCACAAAUAUUGCAGGAAAAUGUUUGUGCGGUGAUGCGGAAAGAGUGUUGUGAGCAGUUCAGGCAGGUCCCUGAGCAAUCACGAUGCCUGGCCAUCAAUAGUGUCGCGCAUGCCAUUAUUUUGCAUGAGCAACAGCAACAUCAGCAACAACAACAACAAUACUCGUGGGGUGUGGGCACCUUCAAGCUACCUCAACAACAAUACCCGUCGGUCCAGGGCUCCAUCCAGCCUCCAUUUGAGGCGAUAAGGGCAUUUGUCUUGCAAACACUACCGGCGGCGUGCGGUGCGUAUGUCUCACAAUACUGUUCCACCACCACCGGCUCAUUUGGCGGCUUCGUUGGUAACUGAACAAGAGCUAUAAUACUAGAUAGAUUGUUCGUCGUUGCUUAGUCGAUGGUUCGAUUGAUGUAGCGACGAAAAAAUAAAGUGUCAUGCACUAUCGUGUGCGAACCUGACAUAUACUAGUUUUAAUUGGAAAUAAAAGACAAGCAUAUUUCUUGUCUGCA